GUCACCCCCCUUGUCUUCUCCGUCUCUCUUUCUCUGCAAAAUCUCUCCGUCUCCGCCAGAUCUCUAUCGAGAGGAUCCAUGGCCUCCGUCGCUGGUGCAUCGGCCUCCACGCAGGCUCGUCCUUGCCAAAUGGCAAUGGCAAUGAAGCAAGUUACAGGGUUUACCCAGGGAAGGAGCAAUCUUUCUUUCAUGCUUCGUCCAUUACCUGCUCGGUUGAGAUUCUCUUGCCCUGCAAAGCCCGAGACUGUGGAGAAGGUGUGUGAAAUUGUGAAGAAGCAGCUUUCGCUGGAUGGUUCGAAAACAGUGACAGCCACAACUAUGUUUACCGAGCUCGGUGCUGAUUCUCUUGACACGGUUGAGAUCGUGAUGGGUCUGGAGGAAGAGUUCGGGAUAACCAUGGCCGAGGAGAAAGCUCAGGCGAUCGCCACAAUCGGGCAGGCCGCGGAUGCAAUCGAGGAGCUCGUCAAGGAGAAGGGUAACUAAGAAGAGGUCUGUCUGAUCAUAUGGCUACAUUUCCAAAACAGGGUUUGUUCUUAUUGCUUUUGGUCAAUGGUAGAGAACAUUCAGUCUUUGAUAUCUAUUGCGAGAACUCUCUCUAGAAGGUUUGUCGCUCAGGCCUCUUUUAUGUCUGGAUUAAUGUUUUUGUCUUAUAAUGCCUGUCAUGCAUUGAUCUUCAGGGUUUUUUCUUGUAAUAAAACAUAAUUUUUAAUGAAA